GUUGAUAUCUGAGAUUGUGUCGUCCCAGUCUCGGCGGACCGCUCUAUAUCGACGAUCAUUUGUACAACAUUGUGUGUCGAGACCAACAUAGUGGUGGGGGUGUGGUGACCAGUGGAUUUCACAAAAAUGGACGACUUGACUCCAGCUCUGGACAACGACAACGACUCCCUGGAAGAGAAUGCAGAAGACACGAAGCUCGAAGUUCCGGAGACCAGGAAUGGGAACAGGAAGAUACUGCAGAGGAUCGAGACGGUUCCAGACAUCAAGAGGGAUACUUCUGGGAUCACCACGCAGUAUAUUGCUGCUGGCAUCGUAAACCUGGGCGCGCUGGCUUCAGGGGUAUGCGUCGCGUGGUCAUCAUCAGCGCUUCCACUCCUUUCCCCUGGUCAUCCUGAGAUAUCCGAGUUCAGCACUAUCCCCAACGCAACACACAGGCUUACUAUUUACCAAUCAGAAGCGUCAUGGGUGGCGUCGCUGCUCUGCCUGGGCGCACUGUUCGGCGCGGUGCCGGCUGGCCUGAUCUCCCAGUACUUCGGACGGAAGAAGACCUUGCUCUACCUGGCCUUGCCGCUGGUGGUGUCCUGGAUACUUGUGGCUUCCAGUCCAAACGUCUACGGCCUGUACGUAGGCCGCCUGGUCGGUGGAGUGGCGGUCGGAGCCUUCAGCGUCAGUGUUCCACCGUACAUCGAGGAUAUAGCUGAGAAGCCUCUCCUGCCAACCUUGGCCAACUUCUACCACCUGCACUUCACUUGCGGAGUACUUUUUGGAUAUAUUAUAGGUAUGGUAAACAGCGUGUCAUGGCACUGCCUGCUUUGUGCCAGCAUACCAGUUGCCUUCUUCAUCGCCUUUAUCUUCCUCCCGGAGUCGCCAGCCUACCUCCUCUCUCAGGGAAAAUUCGCCGAAGCCAAGACCUCCCUGACGUAUUUCCGCGGCAUCGACAACGACGUCGACUCCGAAAUCAAGAGCUUAAAGGAAAACAUCAGGAACUCUCUCAAACACAAAGUCACCUUCAAAGAACUUUUCAGUACAAGAGCAACUAUCAAAGCUCUAGUUGUCUCUUUCGGACUCAUGAUCUUCCAGCAACUAAGUGGCAUCUACCCCAUCCUUUUCUACGCUGACUCUGUUUUCAAACCUUUUGAAAUUUCCCUCAACCCACCCGCAGGUGCUAUUAUUUUGGGUUUCUCGUUAGUCACGUCUACUUAUUUCUCAUCUAUGUUACUAAAGACUAUCAGGAGACGUAUUUUGUUGAUCAUCUCUUUAACGACAAUGGCUAUGAGUUUAGGGGGCUUAGCGACUUACUAUCAUUUGAAAGCAUCAAAUUCUAUCACUUCAAAUAGUACGUGGGUACCGUUGUUAACAUUAUGUAUAUACGUAAGUAUGUACGCAGCGGGUAUAGGGCCUAUUCCUUGGUUGAUGCUAAGAGAAAUCUUUCCAGCAAAUGUAACGAGAAGAGCCACGGCUAUCACUGCAGGCUUUCAUUGGUUCCUGGCGUUUGGUGUGACAAAAUUGUACCAGAAUCUGGUGGAAAAAGUAAGCCCGGGUUGGACUUUGUGUCAUUUUUCAGUGACAUGUAUUGUAGGAGCUAUUUUUGUUUACUUUUUUGUACCAGAAACUAAGGGUAGGACACUGCAAGAGAUACAAGAUGAAUUUGAAGGUAUACACAGGCAUAAGAAACACACACAUGUCAUUGAAGUCGAAUGCGGUCCUGAGUGAAUGAGGUUUAAUUUUAAGUCGUGGUGAAAGAUUUAUUUAUACGUAGCAUAGAUUUAAUUACAUUUGAAUGAAAGAUGGAGAAUUAUAAAUUCUUUAAAUGCGAGUUUUAAUGCUAAGUGAAUCAGAAAUUUUACUUUUAAAUUGAACAAUGUUAGUGACCAUCAUUCAAGUUUUUUUGAAGAAACUUCAUAGACUUUUAUGUAGUUUUUGUUGAAUACUUAUUUUCUUUCAACUUUUAAUAGUCCGUCGUAAGAACGAAACUUACUAUUUCUUUUGUGUAAAAAUGUACUUUUUCAAACCAGUCGAGAAAUGAAAAUUUUAUAAAAGACUGAUUCGAACAACGAUUUGAUUUUCGUAUGCAAUAGAAUAAAAAUACUAGGAUUAGCGUUAUUUAUAGUUUUGAGGGAUCGAUAAUUGAUGUAGCUGCCAUUAUUAUUUUAAGUACCUACCGUCUGUAUAUAUUUAUGAGUUGCGAAAUAAAAUUUUAUGUAGAGUAUUA